AUGAGGCAGGAGGCCUUGCGGCAUGGCAGUGCCACCACUGCGAAGUGGGGGCGGGGCGGAGCUGCAGCCUGCACUGCCUUACCUCAGAGCCCCCACAGCCAGGCCAUACAUGUCCCAACACCUGCCUCACCUCGUGGCGGCGGCUCCAGCAGCCCCAUCCAGCAGGACCUUAUGUGGCCACUGGCCCACUUCUUCUGUUUGCUUGCUGCUGCAAUGGAGCAGGAGGCUGAGCGAUUCACCGGUGCUGCGGCCAUUAGCAAGGCAGAUAAAACAAAACGAAAAGAAACGAAAACCUCAGAGAAAUCCAGCAAUAAUCAUAUAAUGGGGGCACAAAAUAAGAAGAAUGCCAUUCAUCAGCUAUAUCAAAAAAGGUCCUCCAGCAUCACUUCAAGUUCAGUCUUAAAAUCUUCAGAGAUGAUGCUCCACACAGGGCAUCCCUUGCAGAGCAGCCUUCUUUAUCUCCUCCUCCUAUUUGCUGCUUCCAGAGGAAUGAGGCUGCCCCUGGAAACUGAUAUAGAUUGGCAGGGUUGCAAAACUGCCUCGCAAGAGAUCCUCAAGCACCUGCAGAAGCUGAAAGUGACUAAAGUGGAAAAACCGUUAAAUAUUUCAUUACCUCGGCGGAUUGAAUGCAACGAUCACUGUGAUCCAGAUUCCUUGGGCAAGAAUAGCACGUUGUGUCUGAUGAAGAUUCGUUGGGGCCUUCACCGUUAUCAGGAACUUCUGACACAGUAUGCGAAGUCAGAUACUACAACUGGGCUCCGAACUGCCAUGACUAAUUUGUUGCAGCUCCUUCGGAAAGAUGAAAGCAGCAGCCCAGCCAAACCAAUUCAAGAAUGGGAGAAAUCGCAUGUAGUGGAUGUCAUCUUACAGCGCCUGCAGUUGUUUGCAAUUUUGAUGGCACGCGUCUUUUCCCACUGUGCCGCAUUGAAUAGGAUGUAACUAUCUGAGCUAGAACAAUGCCGGGGCGGGAGAGAGAAUAUUCCAUUAUAAACCUUCACACACUUAACAUACAUGCAGAUACAGAAUCCAGAAAAUACAAUUCAUUCCCUGGGAAUGCAAAAAUCAACGAGACAGAGAAGUUGAGGGAGGGUAUGUCCAUUAUUUGCUCUUAUUUAUUUAAUAUACUUAUUUAAUGUAUUUAUUUUUAUUUAUAUGGCUCAAUUCAUGUCAUGCACCGCAGUGCUAGUGACCAAGAAUGUAUAGAAAAACUAAGUGCCAACUAUUAAUAUCAAAAGUGGGGGGGAUGACUCCAGAAUCUCACACUUUCAUUUACAAUGUAAAAUGUAUGUUCAUCCUUUUUUGAGGGAUAAUGAGAAGUUUUUUUGCAUGAUUGACUGAAAUAAAAAGCUAUAUUUGUGUAG